ACAGCUGGAGAUGCUGGAGAUGCUGGAGAUGCUGCAAAUGGUCUCCUCUGUCGACUUUUCUGCCUUGCUCAGGGCCUUUGUUUAUUCCAGAACUCUUGCCUCGAGCCCCCAGUUCAAGAACUGUGCUGUUCUUGGAACUAUUUAUGGUCAGGACGCGAUUGUCUCCUUGGAAAAGACCCAUUUUGACCUCAGUCCCAAUGGUGCUGGUGCUGGUGCUGGUGAUGGUAACAGCCUGGAUUUAUCAACGCUAAUUGACUUGAAUAACAUUUCUUUGAUUCAGAAUAACGAUGUCUAUUUUUGGUCUCUCUCUCUAUUGAACCAGUCGCUAACACAAACCCCAAGUGUCAAGCUCAAUUUGAUCUAUCCUGCUACUUCCCAGCACAUCAAAAAAUUUGAUGCUGGAGACUCAAUUAUCAUCACUGAAACCCCUUACUACUACAGCAAGUACGUCAAACCUUACAUCGAGACAAUGAAGGGCGAUAGAAUAAAAUGGGUUCACAACAUAUUGUACAACAAUGCAGAAUCCGACAAGGUUAUCAUUAAGAAAGAGAACGAUUUUGUUCUUUUACCUGAUAUGAAAUGGGAUGGGAAAACCCUAGAUAACUUGUAUCUCAUUUUAAUUCCCUACAAUGGCAAAGAAAUAUCGUCUAUAAGAGAUAUAAAAAGAGAAAAGCAUUUGGACUGGCUAAUCUCCAUCUUGAACACCAUCCAAAAAGAAAUUCCGAUUCACUAUAACCACCAGAUCAACGCAAAUCAAUUGAGAAUUUUUGUUCAUUACCAACCUUCUUACUACCAUUUUCAUAUUCAUAUAACCAAUUUGAAAAACAAUGGCUUAGGUAAUCAGAUUUCAAUAGGUAAAGCGAUAUUGCUACAGGAUAUAAUUGAGAAUUUGCAAAACAAUAUCGAUUAUUCAACAAGAAAUAUCACUUAUUUCAUACCUGAAAACCAUCAACUAUGGUCAAACACUGGGUUCAAACAAGAAUACGAAACUCAAGAUAACUCUAAUGAUUAACACGUUUAGAUUAUAUAUUAUUAUAUAUAAACUAAUAUAUACUAUUAUAAAUUUAUACUUCUUAAUUAUGUCAUCAAAAACAAAAUAAU